AUGAUUGUACUUAUGUUUAGUCUGCUAAUCAACACACUCGGCGAAGAUAUUAUACGCGCACAUUAUAUAUAUUAUGUAUUGGUUUUCGUGCAUCUCCCGUGA